UGACAAACCAAAAAAAAUAUAAAAGAGGAGAGAAGAUAAAUAGCAACAGCAACAAUAGAAGGAAACCGAGUCUUUCAUUAUGGUGUUUUUAUAUUUUAUAUCUAUUAUUUUUAUUACAGUGAUAGCUUUACUAUUUGGGUUUUUAUUAUUUUGUUCGCCCAAGCCAAGAAGUAGAACAGAAAAUGAAAAAUAUUUUAGAAAUGCAAAGUCCUCUAAACAGUUGCUGCUACCAAGUCUAUUUGAUAAAGCUAGUGUGAGUUUAUCGUGUAUUGUACCUGCAUUUGAUGAAAGUAAGCGAUUACCGAAAAUGCUAGAAGAGACAGUCGAUUAUUUAGAAACAGUUAAAAAUAAAGAUACCACGUUUAGUUAUGAAAUUAUUAUUGUUGAUGAUGGUAGCAGAGAUAAUACUUGUGAAGUAGCCAUGGCUUUUGCCAAGAAAAUGCCUCAUGUUGAUAUUCGACUUCUUGUUCUGGAUAAAAAUAGAGGAAAAGGGGGUGCUGUCACUCAGGGAAUGUUAUCAGCUCGAGGCGAACUAUGCUUAAUGGUAGAUGCUGAUGGAGCAACUAAAUUCUCAGAUCUUGGUAAACUUUUAAAAGAAAUGGAUCGAAUCAAAAAAGAUGAUAAGGGAGUUGUUAUUGGUUCUCGUUCACAUUUAGUUACCACCGAAGCUGUUGUUAAGCGAUCUUUUAUUAGGAAUUUUUUAAUGCGUGGUUUUCACACAUUAGUCUACAUUUUUGGUAUUCGUGGUAUUGAAGAUACUCAGUGUGGAUUUAAGUUAUUUACUCGUAAAUCAGCUCAAAUUAUAUUCCCUAAUAUGCAUGUAGAAAGAUGGAUUUUUGAUAUCGAAUGUCUCAUGAUUGCUCAAAUUCAAAAAAUGCCCAUUUCUGAAAUUCAAGUUACUUGGCAUGAGAUUGAUGGAUCUAAAGUUAAUUUAAUGGUUGAUUCAAUGAAAAUGGCUGUUGAUUUAUUACUUAUUAGACUUAAUUAUGUUUUCGGCUUUUGGUCUGUAAAUACUAAGAAAUUCAAAUAAUAAAUGUGUAUGAUUAUAUAAUUGCGCUUAACUGAAAAAUAAACGUUUUUUUUUUUAUUUCUUUUA